AAGGUCAAUAAGAUGCGUUUAUAGCAUUAACACUAGCCUACAGGCUAUGUUCUACGGUCUUAACCAUGACAGAUGUUUGUCCAAGUCACACCUACGAAGACAACCGGACCUCUCAGAUUGACCAGCACCUGUCAAUCAUUAUUAGUCGGUGACGUCAGGAGCUUUUUCACGUUUCCAUUUAUCUUGUUCGUACUUGUACCCCUGAACACGAUAUAUUUCGGAAGCUGUAAUAAUUUUACAUUCUCCAUAUGUUGGAAGAUCAGUAGUUGGCCAGAAGGAAAUAUAUGGCUGAACAACAACAAACUGAAAUCUAUUUGGCGACCAGACACAUUUUCAUCUUUAACAGUUGCCACCAUGGUGGAGCACAAUUUGACACUUGAAUAUGGUGCCGUUGUUCAUGAGUGGACAUUCUCUAUUCUGCCAAGUUCUAAUACAAUUAUGUUCAUUAGUAAACAAAAACCUGAAGAGCAGCCUGUCAGUGCUCUGGAAGACCUGAAGAUGUUCUCCGUUGAUGAGGUGUUUGCCUGUGAAAACAGCCCUCUGUACCUCUAUCGUGACCUAGACUUCAUCCUCAUGCUCGGUCACACCGUGCGCCAUCCUCUGAAGCUGGAGUCCAGAACCGCAUCCAUGUUACUGGUGACCUGGAACAAGGCGCCGCCCCUGGCCCCCGCUGACCCCGCCCCCAGCCACUCGGUGUCCCUCUACCACUCUGAGAUGAAGGCCUACGCUGUCCUCAGUGUGGACAGCACCCGGUCCAGCCACUACCGCUUCACAGGCCUAGAGUCAUGCACUCCCCAUGUCGCCUGUGUGGGGAUAGCUGGCAGCCACUCGCUCAGCUGCCUCUCCACUAUCACAGACCCAGAUGUCCCCAGACACUUCCAGGUGACAUUGCGCGACACCUCUAGUGUGACUGUAUCCUGGGGCUGUCCCGAGAACUGCAAGUACUCCCUCUUCCUUGUCACGGUUUUCUACCUCAACGGGACCAACCACAUCUUGGAGGAGAGAUCCUACAAGCACUCGUCGGACAGCUUUGUGUUCACCCAGUCUAACCUGACGUCAUGCAGCAGGGUGAGGUUUGGCCUACAGACGGUGUGUAAGGCCGGCAUGGAUACUCGCCGCAGCAAAAUGCUCCUCAUUGACGGGAAUGCUGUCCAAUCAGAAAUCGAGGACUUGCGGCAGACCGGCUCAGGACCUGAGAACUACACCCUGUCCUGGAUGGUGAGGAACACUUCCUCUGUCGCUGCGUUCAGGAUCUACCACCAGGGGGUGCUCCACACCACCACACUGCUCACCAGUCACACGGUGGCGGCCCUACAGCCCUGUUCCCAGUACACCGCCAGAUUGGAGGCCCUCUGUGGGGAGAACGUGGUCAUGAGCGCCAAGACCGUACGUGCUCGCACAGGACCCAGGGGUGUUUCAGAACUGAGCUAUCGUCCUAAGGACUCUACUGCACUGUGGAUGGCUGGGACGGGGUCGCCUGUGUCCUUCCAGUACAGGUUGGCUUAUGUCAACGGCUCCACCAUCCACGAAGGGCGGCUGAUGGAGCCUUGGCUCCACCUCCCUGGGCUCGUUGAGGGCUGGCCCUACGCCCUGGACGUGUGGGAGGAGUGUGACGGAGAGUGGAGCGCCGACCCGGCCCUGGUUUGUUUUAAUGGAGCCAAUGUGCCCAUCAACCACACUGUGCUGCCGCCCGUGCCCUCCGUGAGCACUAAUGAAGACCUAGGGUUGAUGUUUCCAAGGCCUUCCCUGGCCAUCGUUGUGCCUUGGUCUCUGGGUGCUGACCUCCAGGACCCCAGGAGCGAGCCCAGAGCAGAGCUGGAGCGUGUUGUCACAAACAAACUGGAGAAACUCCUGGAAGGCUACCCGGGUAAGAUCAACAUACAGUUGGUUGCAUUUGAGAACCUGGAAGUUGAAAACAGAACCAAGAUUACAUUUCAAGUAUUUGACGCUUCCACGAGCAGCGAAAACCUGCUGCUACCAAUUGAGGUUCAGCUGAAACACAUCCAGCCGCCGCAGUCUUUCAACAUCACAAUCGAUGACGGGAUCAUUUACUGGGAUGACCCAGAUGAGUGUGCGUCCCCUGAUCAGAACAAGUGUGAACCGGGGUCCGUCUGCAUCAACACCCUGGACUCCUACAGCUGUGUGUGUCCGCAUGGCUUCUAUGACGUAGGCCCCAUCUUCAACCCGUCUCCUAGCACUUCAUCCUAUCCCAUCUGUCGUGAAAAGGGGAUGUUUGCCCAAUGUCUGGAUGGGUUUAUGGUCGGAGGCAUAGCCAAAACAUUUCUGAUGGACUACUUCGGGGGCAACGUGAACAUCGUCCUCAAUGCAGGCCAGUGCACAAUGAACGAGAGCGAGACGCUUUACCACUUCCGCAUGCUUCGCACGCCCCCACAGUGCGGGACGACACGGCUGGUGAACAGAACAGACAUCGAGUUCCGCAACACUCUGACAGUGACCCUGAGCAGAGACGAGAUCAUCACGCGACGCGAUCUUAAGGUUAUCUGGAAGUGCAUCUAUCCCCGAAGCCAUGUCCACAAUGCCCAGAUAAACCUAGAUCUGGAAUGGAUCACCUCCUAUUCUGUACUGCAGUACAACUCCUCCCUCGAGCUGGGGCUGGCCAUGACCAUGUACAGCGACGACUCCUUCUCCCACAGCUACAGAGAUGCCAUCACCCUCGGCUACAGCGACGUGCUUUUCUUUGAGGUGGCCCUACUAACGAACAACACAUUUGCCUCUGAGGUUCUACUGGAAGUGGUUUCCUGCUGGGCCACUGAGAGCCCAGAUCCACAGGAUGAAACCAAGGGCUUCUUUCUCCAGCAUAGCUGCCCUACUGACACAACUUUUGAAUGGUUGUCUGUGAACGGGGCCGCGCAGGAGAGCAGGUUCUCCGUUCAGAUGUUCGCUCUGCCCAGAGAGUUACCCAUCUACAUGCACUGCAUGGCCAAGAUAUGCUCUCCCUUUGAGGAUUGUACUAAGGACUGUGUCACCCAAAGAGUUUCAAAGAGAUCAAUCACUAAAUGGGGUGUUGACCCCAGACGGUCUGCAAUAGUGUCAGUGGGACCACUGACUGUCACCAGCAGUGAGACACCUGGGACCAAAAGCUCCAACUGGCAAGAGGUUGGGACAAUGGCCUUUGUUGUGGGAGGAUCCAUCAGCAUGCUGAUGUUGACAGUGCUUGGUGUGAGCUUAACCAAAGCUUUUAUGAAUUAUUAUGAGCGAGCAAGGCCUUAAUAAACACAUGGAGCCAAGUUCACUUGUCCUUCAUUCUUUAUGUUCCAAAGAUGUCUUCACCACAAUGAAAUGGCAAAAAUGACACCAGGUGCACAGUGAUUACUAAAU